AUGGAGAACGCGUGGGCGGGCGAAGGGCGAUCGGCGGUGGCGGUGGUAACUGGGGCGAAUAAGGGUAUCGGGUUUUACAUUGCACGGGGAUUGGCUGGCGAAGGGCUGACUACAGUGCUCACCGCCCGCGACCCGGGACUGGGGCAGGAAGCUGCGAAGAAGCUUCAAGGGGAGGGGCUGCAGGGGGUGGAGUUUCAUCAGCUGGAUAUCAGCGACCAAUCGUCGAUCGACAGCUUUGCACGAUGGCUCAAGGAUACGCAUGGGGGCCUGGACGUGCUUGUAAACAAUGCCGGGAUGGCUUAUAAGGGGAACACGUUCGGGGCAGAGGAGGCAAGAAAGACCAUUGACACCAACUACCAAGGCACUCGGGCCGUGUGUGAGGCGCUACUGCCACUGCUGCGCCCCUCCAAAGCGGGGGCGCGCAUUGUGAAUGUGGGCUCCAGUGCAGGGAAGCUCCGCAUUGUCUCCCCCGCCCUCAAGACACGAUUCACCAGCCCGACCCUCACAACUGCUGACCUGGAUGCACUGGCGGAGGAGUUUGUAACGGGGAUAAAGGAGGGCACUUAUAAGGGAGCAGGGUGGCCCGAGUCGAUGUAUGGCGUGUCGAAGCUCCUAGAGAACGCCUACACGCGCGUGCUCGCGAGACAGGUGGAGGGGCGGCAGGGAGGCGAAAAGGUGUUUGUGAAUGCGUGCUGUCCCGGGUGGUGUGCCACAGACAUGUCGUCGUGGCGCGGCCGCAAGACAGCUGAGGAGGGAGCCGACACGCCCAUCUUCCUGUCGCUGUUGCCGCCCGAGAAGGCGGGUACAGGGCAGUUCUAUGCAGACAGGACGAUCGAGGAGUUUUAG